AUGGAGAUGAAAUCUGCGUCCGAGAAAAGAUGGACGAUUAGUCUUCUGCGUCCGGGUACUUCGUCGCCUGUAAAAUUGGCUGUUAACUCCAGUGACACCGUAGCACAGGUAAUCAGCGCCUACAGUGAACAGCAGAAGGUGAAGAAGCCAUUUCUGCUUGUCCUUCGGCAACUUGAUUACUCCAUGCUUGAACCGUCUCAGUCGUUAAAGAGUUGCGGUGUGAACAAUGGCGACGAAUUGGUCAUUUGUGGAAAAUACGACGAAAGCUUCAAUAGUUACAGUAGCACAUGGUUCUUGAUUGCGAUCGCAGUUCUUCUUGGUGGCGGCUGCAUCAUCGCCAUCAAUGUGCUCAAAUGCAUGUCUGGUACGAUCCCAGAUCAGUACGGUAUUGUGAUCGAUGCGGACACGGAUAACACUUCCCUUUAUAUAUACAAGUGGAAUGGGCAACGCAACAGCACAGGAAUAGUGGAACAGUUUGCAGACACGUGUAUUUCAGAAGGCGGAUUGGCUUCUUUUGCUGACAACUUGUCAGGAAUUUUUUCUUUGUUGGGUAAAUGUUUGAAUUAUGCCGCUCUCACCAUUCCCUCGAACCGGAAAGCGUUUACCUAUCUUUAUUUGGGAGCCGGAAGCGCGAUGCAUCUUUUAAAAAUGAAGGAUCCCGGUGCCAGUUGCGAAAUAUUUUCUUCGACACGCGAUGUGAUUAAAGUUUACAACUUUGCCUUUAAAUCCGCGUCCAUCAUCUCUGGUCACACUCAGGCAGUAGAUGAAUGGAUAUCUUUAAAUUACCUCAGGAAAAGCAUAUCUAGUUCACAAAAUGGGGAAAUCAGCGACUUCCUCGGCCUACUUAACCUCGGCGAGACUUCCGCGAGUAUCGCAUUUCCUACGUCGCACCCGUCGUCCUUCUCAGAGACAGUGGAACUUUUCGGCAAAGAUGUCGACAUUUAUGGCCAGAGCUUUCUCUGCUUUGGUCUCAACCAAGCUAUGGUGAGUUUUUCUUCGAUCAUCGCUGAUCCGUGUUCACCGUGCGGCUCCAUCACGUCUUAUAGCCGCAAGGAUAUAUUUAAUGAUCUUUGCUCUUUGACAUUGCGUGAAACGUUUGAAGUGUCUGAAUAUACAUUUAAUGGGACGUGCGACCAAAAUGCUUGCUCCGAUUACCUCGGAAAACUGUUUGAAGACGACAGUUGCAUUGGUAAGAUUUUUCAAAUGUUCUCAUUCGUCAAACUCACUCUUAAGAUCGAUGGUGAGAAGGUCACGUGGCCGCUUGGAUUCAUCCUCAAUGCAACGAAUACUUUGCCAACUGAAUCGCCGAUAGAACUAAUUUCUUCGAUAACUUACAUUCUGUUGAUGGUUUUAUGUUGCCUUAUUCUCAUAUCAGGUUUUAAUUUUUUUCUUCGUAUGAUUAUUUUGAAGUCGCGCAAGAAAAGCUUCUCGCAAUUGUAGUC